CAGGGAGCGACAGCACCAGACGUCGACGGCGGCGACGCUAAGAUGGCGGACGUGGUCAGCGUUGGUGUCAACCUGGAGGCGUUUUCCCACGCCAUCAGCGGCAUUCAGGCACUGCGCUCCAGCGUCACCCGCGUCUUCGAGUCGCUGAAGGACGGCAUGAAGAACCGAGAGACGCUUGAGGCCCGAGAGAAGCAAUUUCUCGCCGCGUUCCAGGAGAACCUGCAGGCGGUCAACAGGGAUCUCAACGAGCUGGAGCGUCUGAGCGGCCUGGUGGGCCGCCCGUCCGAGUCGCAUCCCCUGCACAACAGCGGCCUCCUGAGUCUGGAUCCCGUCCAGGACAAGACGCCGCUCUACUCGCAGCUGCUGCAGGCCUACAAGUGGUCCAACAAGCUGCAAUAUCACGCCGGCCUGGCCUCGAGUUUGCUGAACCAGCAAUCGCUCAAGCGCUCGGCUAACCAGAUGGGCGCCUCGGCCAAGCGGCGGCCCAAAGUCCAACCCAGCACCCUUGUCCUUCCUCCACAAUACGUGGACGACGUGAUUUCUCGGAUCGGCCGAAUGUUUCCCGACAUGAGCAUUGAACUUUUCCGCCCGAACGGAACGUCUGCCGUCCUACUGGUGACGCUGGGCAAAGUGCUGAAGGCCAUCAUGGUCAUGCGCUCGCUGUUCAUCGACCGAACGUUGGUGCGGGGCUUCAACGAGAACGUUUCCGACCACGACGGCAAGCUGGACAUCUGGACCAAGUCGCAGCAUCAGGUCUUCCAGAAGGUGACGGACCACGCCACCACCGCCCUGCUGCACUACCAACUUCCUCAGAUGCCCGACGUCGUCGUGCGCUCCUUCAUGACUUGGUUGAGGAGCUACAUCAAGCUCUUCCAGUCUCCGUGUCAAAGAUGCGGUCACUUCCUGCAGGAUGGACUUCCUCCAACCUGGAGGGACUUUAGGACUUUGGAGGCCUUCCACGACACCUGCCGGAUGUGACCCCCAACACACACACACACACACACACACUCGUGGCGGUGCUUUUAUAGAAACGCUUUUGGCCAGGCCGCAUUUGAGGCUUAAGUGGCGUUAGCGUGGGACCUCGGCCCUCUUCAUGUGGUCUGCAGUCUUCAUCAUCUUCAUCAUCAUCAUCGUCAUCCUGGAAAAUGUUAAAUGCUCCCCGAAGGAUUUGAACGUGCGCUAAUGAGGGGCAUAUGUGAUCAUCAUCAUCUUCAUCGGUGACCUUCAUGACUCAUUGAUGAAGGUCAAUUAGGUGGCGGCGUGCUGUCGCAUACGUCGCACCUGAACGCCACCUGCCCAUCACACAAACCUCCCGAGACCCUCCCAGCCGAGUGGCUUUUUUUUUUUCCCUAUUACUCGUAAUGAACUUGAAAACCAGUUUAAGAUUUUUCUUCUAGCAGGCCGCCAACACCGCCAUCGAGAGAUUUAUUUUUACUGGAGACGGAAAAGCGCAUUGUUGAUAGAAUAGGUUGGAAAAAGAGAGUUGCAAAUAAAGUUGUGUGAAAUGUU